UUCUCUUCCUCCUCUACCGCGCAGCCCCACGCAGCCCCCCCAGCCCGGCCUCCCUACGCAGCCAGAGGCAGGAGCGAGCGGCAGCUCCCUCCGCGGCAGCGGAACAGGGGGCGCGGUGAUGUGAGGAGCGCACCCGGCGGAGGAGGGAAGUCCCGUCGCCAGGAAGGCAGCCGGGAGCUCCUCCGCGCUGCAAGGACACUGCCUUUCUGAGAACCAGUAUCUCUCCUGGACAUUUCAAAGGACUACACAGAGAACUUACUUUUUUCUCAAGGGACCUAAGAUACUGCAUUUGGACUUUUAAGUCAGUUCUAGUAUACAGAUGUGGACUUCAGGUAGAAUGAGCAAUGCAAAGAACUUGUUUGGACUUGGCAUCUCCUUGUAUUUUUGGGGACUGAUGGACCUUACAACAACUGUGCUGUCAGGAAGUGCCAGGCCCCUCACUGAAGGGCAAGAAGACAACCUGUCAGACAAGCUGCAUCAACGUAUGAAGAGGAGCUGGGUGUGGAACCAGUUCUUUGUUCUGGAGGAGUACACGGGAACUGACCCUCUCUACGUCGGGAAGCUCCACUCUGACAUGGACAGGGGAGAUGGUUCGAUCAAAUACAUUCUCUCAGGAGAGGGAGCUGGCAUUGUGUUUACAAUUGAUGAUACAACAGGGGAUAUUCAUGCCAUUCAGCGACUGGACCGGGAAGAAAGGUCACAGUACACCCUCAGAGCACAGGCUCUGGACAGGCGAACAGGACGGCCAAUGGAACCGGAGUCAGAGUUUAUCAUCAAAAUACAAGACAUCAAUGACAACGAACCCAAGUUCCUGGAUGGACCUUAUGUAGCCUCUGUUCCAGAAAUGUCACCUGUGGGCACCUCUGUUAUCCAGGUGACAGCGACAGAUGCUGAUGACCCAACCUAUGGGAACAGCGCAAGAGUAGUAUACAGUAUUCUCCAAGGACAGCCAUAUUUCUCUGUGGACUCUCGGACAGGCUUAAUUAGAACAGCUCUAAUGAACAUGGACCGAGAAGCAAAAGAAUAUUAUGAAGUGAUUAUCCAGGCCAAGGAUAUGGGUGGACAGCUGGGAGGAUUAGCUGGAACAACCACAGUCAACAUCACCCUCUCUGAUGUCAAUGAUAAUCCACCCAGAUUUCCACAGAAGCAUUAUCAGAUGAGUGUGCUGGAGUCCGCUCCUGUCAGCUCCACUGUGGGCCGUGUGGUUGCUAAAGACCUGGAUGAAGGCAUAAAUGCAGAGAUGAAAUACAGCUUUGUGGAUGGAGAUGGCCUGGAUGUCUUCGACAUCAACACUGAUCCUAAUUACCAAGUUGGCAUCAUAACUGUGAGAAAGCCUUUAAGUUUUGAAAGCAAGAAAAGCUACACCUUGAAAGUAGAGGGUGCCAACCCCCACCUGGAAACGCGGUUCCUGAACCUAGGCCCCUUCCGUGACACCACCACUGUCCACAUCAGCGUGGAGGAUGUAGAUGAACCUCCUGUGUUUGAGCCCAGCAUAUACUUUGUGGAAGUGCCUGAGGAUGUGGAUAUUGGAACCACCAUACAGAUCAUUUCUGCCAAGGACCCAGAUGUGACCAACAACUCCAUCAGAUACUCGAUUGACAGGAGCAGUGAUCCAGGGCGGUUCUUUUAUGUUGACAUCACAUCAGGAGCACUGAUGACUGCAAGACCUCUUGAUCGGGAGGACAUUUCUUGGCACAACAUCACUGUGCUGGCCAUGGAGCUGAAUAACCCCUCGCAGGUGGGCAGCGUCUCUGUGACAGUGAAAGUCCUGGAUGUGAACGAUAAUGCACCAGAGUUUGCAAGAUUUUAUGAAGCUUUUGUUUGUGAAAAUGCCAAAGCAGGGCAGCUGAUCCAGACAGUGAGCGCCAUCGACAGGGAUGACCCACAGGAGGGUCAGCACUUUUACUACAGCCUGGCUCCAGAGGCAGCCAGCAAUCCUAACUUUACUCUAAGGGACAAUCAAGACAAUACAGCAUGGAUUUUGACAAGGCGCUCUGGCUUCAGACAACAUGAGCAAAGCACCUUUUACCUGCCCAUCCUGAUCAGCGACAACGGCCGCCCUGUGCUGAGCAGCACAUGCACGCUGACCGUGCAUGUGUGCAGCUGCGAUGAUGAGGGCAUGGUGAUGUCCUGCAACGCAGAAGCCUAUGUCCUCCCUGUCAGCCUGAGCAGAGGGGCACUCAUUGCCAUCCUUGCCUGCAUCUUUGUCCUGUUAGUGUUGGUGCUCCUCAUCCUCUCCAUGCGGCGCCAGCGGAAACAGCCAUACAUCAUUGACGAGGAAGAGAACAUCCAUGAGAACAUCGUCAGGUAUGAUGACGAGGGUGGCGGGGAGGAGGACACAGAGGCCUUUGAUAUUGCUGCCAUGUGGAAUCCGCGGGAGGCUCAGCUGGUGGUGAAAAACCGGCAGGACAUGCUUCCUGAAAUAGAGAGCCUCUCCCGAUACGUGCCUCAGGCAUGUGUCAUGGACAACAACGUCCACAACUACGUGCUUGCCAAGCUGUAUGAAGCCGACAUGGACCUGUGGGCGCCUCCCUUCGACUCCCUCCAGACAUACAUGUUUGAAGGGAAUGGCUCGGUGGCAGAGUCACUCAGCUCCUUACAGUCGGUGACAACAGACUCAGACCAGAGCUACGACUAUCUGACAGACUGGGGGCCGCGCUUCAAAAAGCUGGCUGAGAUGUACGGUGCCACAGACAGCAGCGGGGCUCUGUGGUAACAGAUGAGGAAUGGCAGAGGGCUUUCCAUGUGAAAUGGUGUCCAGUUUGGUCCAUUCUCAUCAGAUGCUUCCAUGGACAUGGGUAAGGCCUCCUAAUAAAAUAGCAAUACGGUGCUUGGAUGAGAACGGGAAGAAAGGUGCGAAUGAAGGUCUCUCUGGAUCAGCUUUACUCAGUUAAAUUAAGUCACAUUUUUGGAACUAUGAGAACCAGAAGAAAGAAAUUUUUUUCCUGGAUUUUACUGCAAAAUUGGAGAGCUCCACACCUGGAAUAUAAUGACAUUACUCUCUCUCUCUCAUCCUUUCUCUUCCCCUUGUACAUGGCAGCUUACUAAGCUCUAUACAUCUGGGUUCAAAGAUCUGUAAACUCCAACUGUAAUCUUCAACUCACUGAGAAAUUGCCACCACAAAAAUGUUGUUCCCCAUUGGUUACAUUUUCCCCAUUAAAAAGGAAAAAAAAUUACUCGCUAA